UUAAACGAUUCUUCUCUGAACCUGAACAAGAAUUACAAAUUGUUUUCGACUCCCCCAGCAAAAGACUCGGCGGCAAUGCUCAAAUUUUGUGAGUUCGCUAUGCUCAGCAAUUGUUACUUAAUCAAGCUUUAAUUGAAAACUACUUAGCUUUUUAGUUGCCUUUAAAAAAGGAUGUUUUUGUCUCUUCUUAGGGCUCAUGAAGAUUCAAAAUAUUCCUUUUGACCAGAACUCAAAAUUUAUCAUUUCCAAAACUUUUGUUUAGCCGUAGAGAGAAAACCCAAUUAGAUUUAGAGAGUCAAUGGACAAACAAAUACCGCAGCAUUGCGCGUUUUGAGCUCUUUUGCAACUAAAUAAUUCUAGAAUGCGAAGCAAUUUGUAAUUUUGAAUUAAAUGCUAACAACUUUGGGUCGUUUAUAAAAUGGCUCUAAGAAAAGGCAUUUGAGCAAAGGGGUAAAAACAUAAAAAACAUAAAAACAAUUUAAGUGUUUUCAAAAAAUCAACAAACUCAUAUAUGCAGCUAUAUAUAUAUAAAAAUAAUAAAAAACAUUAAUUUAUUUCUUACUAUAUAAUUAUUGUUGUACUAAGUCAGUGAGAAAAACCAUGAAAGAAAACUUCACACGAAAACUAAAACAAAAUGCAUAUUUAUUAAAAAUAAGCAAAGGUUGUGCAAAAAAAAAACACAUUAAAAAGCAACAUUAUUAUUGUAAAAAUUUACUUAAUACGGCAAUUGUUAUUAAAUGUGCAAAAUUCAGUAAAAACAUUGAUACAAACCUCAGAAAAUACAAGCCAAGUUAUGAAAACGGACAUCAAUGGAUUGAACAAUUUUGAAAAAAAAUGAGGAAAGAUGAACCGAGAACCGAUCAAACGGAAACAAAACACUCAACAACAAGAAGUACAAAAUGUUAAAUAUGUAUCUAUAAUUUACAAAUACGUUUUAUAUAAUUUAAUUUAAACGCUUACUCAACGGAAAAUAGCUAACUAUUAUUACAAUCGUCCUCUCACACAAGAACACAAUAAAACAAGCUCAAAAGCAGAAUUAUUACUUUAGCUAAAAUAACAUUCACCUUUUGCAAUUUUCCUUCCCCUUAUUAUUUCACAUCGAAAUAAACAAAAAAUGGUUAAAAUAGCCGCAUAUACUCAUAUUAAAUUGAAAAGAAAUGUGUCAUUACAGAAAUGGAUAAUGCAAAUAGUAAUAUAAAUGAUAUAUUUAUUCAUAUAAAUGUAUUUGAAAAUGUGAACAAAAAACAAAAAGAAUACCAACAAUAAAACACAAUUUAAUAAACAAUGUGAAAGGCUUGAGUGUGUAUUGAUUAUACAUAAUAUGUGUCAUAUAUUUAUGUAGAUAGGCAGCAGGCUUGUAAAAUAUAAUACUAAACAAGGAAACACUACUGAAAUGGACGAGCUGAUGAGACAGAAGUCCACUUUUGCUGAUCAGAAAACACACACGCAGGAACUCACCUGCAGUGUGCUGUUUACCAAUCCAAAGUUUAAUCCAACAGAAUCCGCCUCUUGUGAUGAACUGAACUCUGUCACGCGCUUGGUUUCCAAAACCGAGGAUCUGGAUCUGAAGCGCGUGUUCAAAAGAUUUUCAAAAGAUGGUUUCGAAGUGACGGAGAGUUCGAAUCGCUCUCUCUUCGAAUUUGGUCACAACUUCGAGGAUGUGGAGGGCUGGCUAACGAUGGAGCAGCCUUCCAAGGAUCAACUGCCCUCGGUGCUUCGCUAUAUGAUUGAGCAUCAUCUCAAGACCACAGUGCAGAUAGAUAUUAACAAGAUGUACUUUAACUGUCACUUCAUUGUACUCCAGGUUUAUUCUCGCUACUUCAGUGAGCUCAAGACAAUUCCCCUCCUCGUCACUCUUCCCGAGGAUCGGGUCUCCCAAAAAGCCUUUAUGCUCAUCUACAAAUGGAUGCUAAGCGAUGAUCCCUUCUUGGAGCGCCGCUAUAUAGUUGAGAUUUUUGUGGCCGCCACCUAUUUAAGGAUCGAUGAACUGCUGUCGCAUUGCUGGAAGUAUUUUGAUGACAUCCAGUGCUAUAGCGAGGAUACGGCUUGCAUCCUGUAUGUGGAGACCCGAUACCAUCCCGCCUUGGAUGUGGUGCGCACCUUGAUGCUCACUAGGAUCCAGAAGUUCCUUCUCACGUUUGUGGCCACUAGGGAUUUUCUGGACCUGCCGCUUACUCACUUGAUUUUCCUCCUCAGUUCCAGUAGCAUCUGUGUAAAUACAGAGGUUGAGGUACUCUUUAUGGCUGUGCGGUGGUUGGGUCACGACUGGAGCCAGAGAAGUGCGCAUGCGCAGCGUUUGGCUUCGUGCAUUCGCUUCCACCUGAUGCCUCUGUGGUACUUGCUCUACGUGCGUCGCGAGGAGGAUCACCAGGUGGUGAAGGAACUGCUAUCCCUUGAGGAAGCGGAUCGCCAGAUCAACGAAGCCAUUUCGAACAUCACCUCGCGAAUGUACGAGGAAAAACUGGCGGGCUUGGAAGGCGGUGGCUCACCGCUAGAGGGUUAUCCUAAAGAGAAAACAGACCAGCGUAUGUGGAUUUGCGAUGGGUUAUGCAACUAUUAUCACUGGGUAGGCUGCCCUAAUAGCCGGGAAAUUCGGUACAAUAGCUUUGAGAUGUACCUUGCCGAAUUGCAACAGAGCUCCUUAGAUCAUUGGUCCAGGGUCGAAUUGCUGGACCCAAACAGGAAGACUGAUUGCUGUAACUUGAAGAAGAAAGCAUUGGAUGAUGCAAUUCUAGUUGCGAGUGACAACACAACACAUGUUAAAUGCAACAAAUUACAAAAUUGAACGACUUUUAAAAUUUGAAAUUACGGAGGUUUGAGUCUGUGCUAUUUUAUAAUUCCUUAUCCUGGUUCGACACCCGUAUUUCUUUUGUGGUAUAUUAUAAGCCAUCUACACUACCGUUUUAAAGCUAACAACAUUAUGGUGGACGCAAUACAAUAAUGCUAUAAUGUUUAUGCACUGUCAUACAGUUUGUGUUGCUUUAUGAAAACUGCUUUUCUUGUUUUGAUUUUUUAUGAAAAAUUACAGUUUAAGAAGUAAUAAUUUGUCUAAAAAAAU